CAGAUAUUCGUACUAUAUGUUCGAAAUACAAAUUAUAACCUGACAAAAACAUGCAAGUUGUUCGAAGACCAGUUUGAAAAAACAAACAAAGAAAAAUGUUUUAUUGCAGAGACAAAUAGUCAUAUAGGUAAUGUCAGAAGGAUUGUACAUUGAAAUCUAGCACAGCAAAUAAAAAGCAUUAUUGUUCACACACAUGCACACAGAAACACACACACGUGUACAUUCACACGUACGCGUUCACACGUGCACAUAUCCCCAUAGGACUCUCCACCUUUUAUAUAAGAAGCUUCAAACAUAGGUGCAUGUAUGUAAGUGUGUGAAGCUAAAGGAUCGUACUUAAAUAUUAAUGGCGACUUCAGGGUUUAAGCAUUUGGUGGUUGUGAAGUUUAAGGAAGAUACAAAGGUUGAUGAGAUCUUGAAGGGCUUGGAAAAUCUUGUUUCUCAAAUUGAUUCUGUCAAAUCCUUUGAAUGGGGAGAAGAUAAAGAGAGUCACGAGAUGCUUAGACAAGGAUUCACUCACGCAUUUUCGAUGACCUUCGAGAACAAAGAUGCUUACGUUUCUUUCACCAGCCAUCCUCUUCACGUUGAGUUCUCAACCGCCUUCACCGCCGCUAUCGAGAAGAUCGUGCUCCUGGAUUUCACCGUCGCCGCCGUCAAAUCUCCCGUUGAAGCAUCACCAUGAUUAUAUCAAACUUGUUUCUUGAUUAAAUCUCUUUCUAUAUAUAACCGAGAACCGAGGUUUAAGUUGUUUCGGUUAUGUAACUCGGUUGGUUAAGUAUGUGUUUGGUUUGAUUCGUAUUAUUUCCGGUUUUUGCUAAUAAGAACCUGGUUUGGUUGGGAACUUGGAUAUUUGUGAUCUUUUGCUUAAGUGCGUAUUUUGCUUUCAGUGAAAAAGUUGUGUUGAGUGGAGUUUUCAUGUAAGUAAG